AUGGACAUGGGAAUCCACAACAGUUUCUUUCACGGGAGCAGACCUUGCCCGAAUCCCCUCCUCGAUUUAUGUGAUCCGCUGAGGUCAUUUGCGACCAAAGUGCCCCAGAACGCAGCAAAGUUUCCGCUUCUUCUCAAGGCCAUUUACUCCUUCUCAGCUCGGCACAAGACACUGACUGGCUCUUUCGAUCCGGUGAGGAGCAGCGAGUACUACGAUGAAUGCCUAACCGAGCUCAGGGAUGUCCUUGCUGCAUACGACGAGUCUGGAGCCGACGAAAACCUGUUUGCUGCUACGAUUAUCUUGCGGGUCCUCGAAGAAAUUGAUGUUGUGGACAAUGGGACAGAUCAGGAAGCUAAUCUACUGGGAAUACAUGCGUUUGUAUCCACCGGAUCGUUCUUUGAAAGUCCCAGUUCCCUUAGUAUCGCGUCAUUCUGGGUCGGCCUCCGCCAGGGCAUCUACAAAGCAGUUAUCAACAAACGACCUGUGGGACUGAGCGUAGACCAUAUCCUGGUCGAACAGUCACUCGAACGAAGGGACUAUCACAGUGUUGCGAACAAUGCAGUGGUGCAUUGCACACGCGUCCUCAACUUUUGCUUUGACAAAGGAGGAGUGCGCAAUGUGGAGGAAUGGAAUAAGCUAUGGAUAUCAAACGAGUAUUGGGAGAAGGAGCACGUUGCUUUCCAUACACCCAUAUUCGAGGCUUCCAACGAUGUUCCUUUCCCACAGAUAUGGUAUCAUCAGAGUUGUCAAGUAAUUGGGGUACAGCAUCAUCUUCUAGCCAAGUCGUACUUGAUUCGAUUCAAGCUGAAGUUCUCGGCGACUGGUACCCGUAACUCGUCCAGUCUAGCUAAGGGGGAAGCUGAGGCCGACAUACAAAGAAUCGUGCGAACUCUCUGUGGUAUUGGUCUAGGAAAUCAAUGGACCCCUCCAGGCAUGUUCACAGCAUGCAUGGCUAUUUCCGCUUUCGGUGCUAGUUUCACCCAGCGGAAGGACCAGGAGGCCAUGAUUGAUAUCCUACGGAAGACGGAGAAAGAUCAUGCUCGUCCCACCAAGUUGGUGCAGGAAGACAUGAUGAAGGCUUGGGGGUGGUCCGCUUCCACGUGGACUCCGACACAGGUACCCCCGUGGCCAGAUACAACGCAGUAUGCAACGAACUUGAACAUGAACAACAACAUGGGUUACCAACAGGAUCAAUAG